ACACACACACACCAGACACACACACACGAGGAUAUUGAAGGUAGAGGAUGCUGUACGGAAGCCCCCCCCCCCGGGUGUGUGCUCCUGCCCCGCUGCCCCGCUCCGGGCUCCGCUCCCUGUUGCUGCUCCUGUCCGUCGUGUCCGCCGCCGACGGCAAAACCUUCAGGUACUCGAUCUACGAGGAGGAGGUCCCGGGCACUGUGAUCGGAAACUUGGCCGAAGACGCGCAGAUAACCGCAGCCGAUGAUGAUCUGCGGAGCAGUUUCCGACCGAUGCAGAAGCUCAACGCGUCUUUGAUCCAAGUGGGAGAGAGUGCGGGCGACCUGACCAUCGGGGGCCGUAUCGACCGGGAGCAGAUCUGUCGGGACACGUCGCCCUGUCUGAUCGCUUUCGAUGUGGUCAACUUUUCCAGAGAGACCUUUAAACUGCUCCACGUGGAGGUCGAGGUCAGAGACAUCAACGACAACGCGCCCGAGUUCCCCAACUCCGAGAUGUCGGUGCAGAUCUCCGAGAGCUCAGCGCUCGGGACCCGAAUCCCUCUCGAGGUCGCGGUCGACGCCGAUGUCGGCGACAAUUAUCUGCAAAACUACGCCAUUUCUGCCAACAGCCACUUCAGCCUCGAGAUGCAAACCCGGAGCGAUGGCGUCAAGUGCGCCGACCUGGUGCUGGUCCAAGCCCUCGACCGGGAAAGUCAGGCUCACCUGACACUAGAGCUGUCCGCACAGGACGGGGGCCAUCCCCCUGAGGUGGGAAGAGCUAAGGUCCAGGUCGAGGUUCUGGACUGGAACGACAACAGCCCCGAGUUUGUGCAGAAGUCCUUCCUGGUGGAGCUCCAUGAAGAUGCUCCGGUGGGUUUCCUGCUGCUGCACCUGGAGGCCGUGGACCCUGACCAGGGGCUGAACGGACAGGUGGUCUAUGGCUUCAGCCCUCACCUCUCGCCUGAGGUUCGACAACUCUUUCGAGUCGAUGCCAAGUCUGGCCGUUUGACCCUGGAGGGGGCCGUCGACUACGAAAGCAGAAAAACGUACGAGUUGGAUGUUCAAGGUCGCGAUCUGGGUCCCAACUCCAUCCCCGCCAACUGCAAGGUCACCGUCAACAUCCUGGACGUGAACGACAACGCCCCGGAGAUCGCCAUCACCCCCAUGACCUCCGUCAGCUCCGGAGUCGCCUACAUCACCGAGGCCGCCGCCAAAGACAGCUUCGUGGCUCUGAUCGGCACCUCGGACAGCGACUCGGGCUCCAACGGCCAAGUGUCUUGUACUCUGUACGGACACGAUCACUUCAAGCUGCAGCAAGCGUAUGCCGACAGCUACAUGAUCGUCACCACGGCGGCUCUGGACCGCGAGAGGAUCGGGGAAUAUAACCUGACUGUGGUGGCCGAGGACCUGGGCUCCCCUCCCUACAAGAGCAUCAGGCAGUACACCAUCCGCCUGAGCGACGUGAACGACAACGCCCCCUCUUUCUCCAAAGCCAUCUACCAAGUGUCCGUCCUGGAGAACAACGCGCCGGGGGCUUACAUCACCACCGUGGUGGCCCGCGAUCCCGAUCUGGGUGCCAACGGGCAGGUCGGGUACCGUCUGGUGGACACGCAGGUCCUGGGGACCCCCGUCUCCGCUCUGGUGUCUGUGGACCCGACCACUGGGGCCAUCUAUGCGCUGCGCUCGCUGGACCGGGAGCGGCUGGAGGAGUUGGAGCUGCGGAUGGAGGCGAGUGACGGCGGCUCCCCACAGCUCAGCAGUUCAGCGCUCAUCCAGCUGAGGGUCGCCGAUCAGAACGAUAACGCUCCUGUCGUCACCCACCCCGUCCCUAGCAACCGCUCUGCGACAGUGCUGCUGCCUAGCAACGCACCAUCCGGUUACCUGGCAACACGCAUCCGCGCUCGGGACGCUGACGAGGGGCUGAAUUCUCAGCUGACGUACGGACUCCUGCGGGGGGAGCCCCCGGGGCUCUUCACUGCCAACAGCGUGACCGGGGAGAUCUUCCUCAACAGACUCCUCAGCAAAGACAGGCCGCCCGCCCUCAAGAUCAUCGUGGCUGUUCACGACAACGGCCGACCAUCGCUGUCCUCCACAGUCACCGUCAGCUUCGUGGUGAGGCCACCAGCACCUCCCGGCAGCCAAGAGCUCGUCAUCCGCAGCUCUGCCCAAACACAGCGGCCCUGGGACCUCUCCUCCAUCAUCAUCACGGUCCUGGCGGGCAGCUGCACGUUGCUCCUCGUGGCUAUCGUCGCCAUCGCCACCACGUGCAAUAAAAGCAAGGAACCGAAGCUCAAGCGGGCCCGGGGUCAGGACAUCUCUCAGCUGGAGAGGGGCAGACGCCCAGAGUGCGGCUUGAUCCCGAGCCACAAGGGCGGCAAGUUCCAAGCAGUUGACGUCCAGCAGUAUUCCAGCGCCGCUUCCUUGUGCGGCUUGAACGCCGGCGACAGCGGUGGAUCGCCCAACUCGGAGCACGGCAGCAGCCAGUUGUGUCGCUUCGUGGUGGAUAAGCUCAGAGGAACGGACCCUGAGCUUUUUCCUCCUGUCUCGGGCUUUGGUCACCAAGCCCUCCACCCAGUCACAAUCUGGAAAGGCAAAUCAUUUACUUUAAACAAAAGUGAACACACAAACCAUCCUCAAGAUAGAUUCAGCGGGAAGGACAGUGGGAAAGGGGACAGCGACUUUAACGACAGUGACUCUGAUAUCAGCGGCAUUGGGCUGAGCAAGAAAGGUGCGCUGAGCCAAAGGCACAAUGGUUUGUGGUCCUGUACAAGUGAAUGCAAGGUCCUUGGUCACUCAGAUCGCUGCUGGAGCCCAUCAACUGGGGGAUCCAACACCUAUUCUUCCACAACUGCUUCCCAACACCUCAAUACUUUUGGGAAAAGUACUUCUCUGCCCCGAGAUCCACUUCGGAAGGACACAUACUACCAGGCACUUUUGCCCAAAACAGCUGGCCUGCAAAGUGUAUAUCAGAAAGUUUCAUCCAAAGAAACUGAAACUGUAACAUCUAUCAUUGUACCAUUGUAUCAGACUGUGGGAUUGAAGGGCCAAACUUCCUAACUUAUAUCUCAAUGAUCAAUAGAACUAGCACAUCACCUCAGCUCUCUCCAUGAACAGAUUUAUUGAUUUUUUAAAAACAAAUCUAUGCUUUGUUGAAAACGUGCAAUAUGUUCAUUCUGUACAUAAUGACAUUACCUUUUUUUAUGUUAAACACUGUAUAAAAUUCAAUUGAUUUACAUGAAACCUAUUUCCAUACUAAAAGUCUGCUGUGGAUAACGUAAUGCCCAAAUACAAUACUUGUAAAUGUAAAUUAAGGAAAUUAGUAAAAUGAGAUGAAAUUACGUUGUGCUUUUCUAUUGAAGCAAUUGAAUGGCUGAUUUUAUUGUUUGUUAGCUUGUAUUUUAUACUUUUCAUUGUCUUAUUGUCUCAAUGCAUAUAUUUUAUGAUUUGUAAAUAGACUCACGCAGAUACUUUAAUAAAAAUUGUAUUAUAUCCAA